CUCUAGCGAUUGUUGACUGUCAUCGUUGCUCUCGCGAAUUCGCGAUCAUUCGCAUUUCGCGAUGUGUCGCGAUGAGCAUUCCUGUUAAAAGUUGUUAUUUACGUACCUUGGAAGGAAUUCCGACGAAUGUUUAUCUGCCGGACAAUACACCAAUUUUCGUAGGACGCUCGCCAGAAACCGGCAUCACAGACGUGAAAUGCUCGCGACAACAAGUUCGACUAUGUGCAAAUUAUACGGAGGCUAUCGUCACAAUUCAACAAAUCGGUCCACAUGCCUGUGGUUUUAAUGGCUUUAAAACUCAGAAGGAUGUGAAAUUUGUAGCCAAACAUAAUGAUCGCUUGGAGUUGCUCUAUGGCAAGCAUGUUUUCGAAAUAGAGUUCAAUCCACCUCCAAGUGUGAAUAACUUUGCGUUGAGGAAGAGAUUAUAUGAAUCAGAAACAAAAGAAACUGAAGGCAAAACGAAAAUGUUGAAGUCAGAUGAUUGCUCUGAUAAUCAUUCGGAAGAAUCUGAGAAUGACAGAGAAGAAGAAAGGUCACCUUCGAAUGGUAUAUAUAUCAAUCAGAAAACAUUCAGCACUGAUUCUAGCACAUCCUCUGAGCAGAGCACUGAAAGCUCAAAUACAUCUGCAAAGUGGGACA